UCCCCUUGACCUCUUCAUAGUUUCGACCUUUCUACAGACAGAGACAAGGAUGGAUGUUUGAUUCGAUCAAUCGGGUGGCUUUGGAUUUUAGUAUUCAAGUGGGUAACUUGUGUCGAUUUCGAUCUCUUAGUGUGUUUGUUUACGAAUGGAAGAGACUCAUAUAGAUGAGUGUGUCCGUCAUUGGGUUUUUGAGUUCAGUACCAGACUUGUGAUCAUCACUAUCAAUGACUCAUUGUGCUGCCCUGCCUUGUUGUAUCUGGCAAUUAUUUGCGAACUCAGAAGCUGUUUCAAGUCUCAAGACUCUCUCUCACUCCCGCUCUCUCAAGUCACCAUCUUGUUCUAGUUCUCAGGUCAAGGACUAAGUUGAAGAGGAAGAGCAAGGCAGACAUGGCAGCAGUUGGUGAAUAUCUGGUGGAGGAAAUCCUGUUAACUCUGCCUCCCAAGGCUCUGAUGCGAUUCAAAUGUGCCUCUAAAGGGUGGUAUGCGCUGAUCAACAAUCCCAGGUUCGUAGCUAAGCACCUCUCCAUUUUUAAUUCGAAUUCCAAGCAUCUGCUCGUCAUGAAGAAGGGUUUAGUUCUCAAGGACAUUAAGAACACUUCUAAUGACAGUAAAAAAGAGGAUAAAGAAGAAGAGCUAGUAUUUUCUUUGCUUAAUUUAUGCAAUAAUGAUGAUGGUAUUGAAACUGGUGAGGACGGAAUUAUUGUUUCUAGUGUAGCGAACAUCAAAAUACCUCUUUCUAUGAGUCUCCUGACAAGAGAUGAGGCUGUUCAUAUGGUGGCGCAUUGCAAUGGAAUCAUCUGUCUACUUCUAUCUAAAAAAUUUCAGGUAAUUUUAUGGAAUCCAGCAAUUCAAGAAUUUAAGCUGCUUCCCCCCUCCCCAUACCUUCAUGAUCUGGAUGUUAGUGAUAGUGACGAUUUUUACCCCAAGUAUAUUCAAGGGUUUGGAUAUGAUGCUAAAUUGAACGAACACAAAUUUGUGAACAUUGCACUAAGUUGUGCUUCAGAAGUGAGGGGUGAUGGAUAUAAUAUUCAUAAUCGUCCUAAGGCAGCAAUAUACUCUUUGAGUACUGAUUCUUGGAAAAAGAUCAACACCAAUGCUUUAGAAACAGAAACAACUGUUUUUAGGCCCGAAAGUUUUCAGAUUCAAUUCAAGGAAAUGUUUUAUUGGUUAGGACAUGAGCGCCACAAGGAACUGGAUAUAUUGGAUAGUGAGGACCUCAUUAUUAGGCAGGUCAUCAUUUUAUUGGAUAUUCAGAAUGAGGUCUUUUAUGAUAUCAUGCUACCUGAUUGUUUUUAUAAACCCUGGGUCAUCACUUCUUGUAUGACUCUUCGAGUGUGGAACGAAUCCCUUGCCCUUUUUGUAUUGGUUGAUGAACAACUUGAAGGUCUUAGAGCUGAAGUUGAAUGUUCUUUUGUCGUAUGGGUGAUGGAUGAACUUGGUGGUCCAACAGGUGCUUCUUGGACAAAACAUGUAACUCUUGAACCCACUGAGAAGCCUUUGGGAUUUCUGAAUAGCAAUGACAUUUUUUUGGGUGACUUCAUGGGACUUGUAUGUUCUUAUGACCUUGGUAGCAAAAGAAUUGAAGAAGAGAUUUUCAGGCAAAACUUGCCUUAUACGGUUUUCCUCUCAGAUUAUUAUAGUUCAGAUGACAUUGCAGCUGUUGCUUAUGUGAAAAGUAUAGUUACAGUCAUGGAAGCCCACAAUAAGCUUGAUAUCAGAGAUAAUUCCAGUGUGGCCAACUUGUCUCCACUCCCCUAUUUUCCAUUAAGUCCUUCAAUAGCAGACAGGGAAUGGCACUCAUAUUCAAUAUGGGUCAUCCCACCGUAUGAUGUGUCUCUUAGGAUCAAGAAGGUGAUGGAAGGUCUCAGAACCGAGUUCGGUGGGCCGGAUAAUGAACCACAUAUACCUAUUGUGGUGUCCAUUCGUAUGACUUAUGAAAAUGUGCUCGACAAAUUCAGAUCUCUCUGUUCUGAAAAUUUACAUUCCUUCCAAGCAAAAAUUAACCUAUUGGGUACCAAAGAUUUCUAUUACCAGUGUAUUUCUCUACUCAUUGAUAUAUCAACAGAAGCGUUCAGUCAGUUCAGGUACACAAUUGCCAUAUGUAAUGAACAUUUCGGUUUCUACUGGUAUUCAGCUGGUCGCAGACCACAUUUGAGUCUCCUUUAUGGCAAUCUGACUGAAGAAGAGAGGAAAGUAGCUUUAGAAAAAGUUAGCAUAUUGGAUGAAAGCAUUUCCAGCUUGAGCUUCACCAUAUCUCAACUCGCAUUGUACAAAAUCAAUUACAGAGAUACAACUCUCAAAUCUUGGGAGAAAAUUGCUGAGUAUAACCUUCCAUGACCUUAAGACAGUCUAUUAAUUCGAACGUACUAUGUGCAAAUCAAGACAGUCUACUAUAGAACUUUUAUUUUCAUCUGUAUAAGAGUACCGAGUGCCAUUGUUGACCCUGCAAGCUAAUUACAUAUGAUAUAUGCGUUGAUUGUUGUUCGAUAUAUAAGAUCCUGUCACCAAUACAUUUCACCUUGUUUCUA